AUGACCCAAGCAGGUACCACAGCGCUGGCCGCAGCCAUGAUGGGGGCUGGCUACCUUUGUGCGCUCUGCGCCACACCCCCGAACCCAUCCCCCGACCGCAAAGACAGACACCAAACGGAUCGAAUCAGCUUCAUCGCCGGCUCGGGGGCAACAAUCGUUCGUCGCAUCGCCGUUACCGCCAUAACAUACCAUGCCAUCCUCACAGUGCUACCGGUCUAUGCGCCCCAGCGCAUUCCACAGAUGUGCCCCCGACCGCAUAAUCUCAACCCAGAGCUGUUCUCAUGGAGCGUUCCCGCGGUCGCGGGUAUCAUCCUGAUAUGCCUCGGUGCUUACGUUCGUCUCGCCGCAUAUGGCAGACUUAGUCGCAAUUUCACCUUUCACCUUGCGGCACCGGAUCAGUUGGUCACGUCGGGUGUCUACGGCUGGGUGCAGCAUCCGAGCUACACGGGGCUGGUGCUGAUUGGGUUUGGUGUUGCGUCGCUGUUUUGCCGAUGGGAUGGUGUGCCUGCGUGUUGGAUCUCAGAGACCACGCUGGCUCGAUGGUCUGGUUGGGGGAUGGGGAUGCUGGGAGCUUAUAUCUCGGUUGCACUUUGUGUGCUGUUUACGAGGGUGAAGGAUGAGGAGGAGAUGCUUAAGGGGAAGUUUGGCAAGGAGUGGGAAGAGUGGCAUCGAUCGACGAAACGGUUUAUUCCGGGAAUUCUGUGA